AUGGCAUCAAAACGAACUCAAUCGCUGACUAAAGUGCCAGCCAUGUUUUUGAAGAAGCAGAAAUUUACAAUCCCUGAAGAUGAUGGAUCCCAAAGAGAAUGGAAAAUAAUAUCAUGGAACGUUGCAGGACUGCGUGCAUGCGUAAAAAAGAACGAUUUUAGCGAAAUUCUUGCGGAAAAACCUGACAUUUUGUUUCUUGGAGAAACAAAAUGUAAAGAAUGGCCCCCAGAAAUAGAAGAAAUCUUCAAGGAAUACAAAAAGACAUUAGUCGUUUCGAAGGAAAAGAGUGGAGGCUAUGCUGGUGUUGGAAUGUUGACGAAAGUCGCUCCAAUAAAGAUUUCUCAAGGAAUCGGAGAAGAAGAGUUUGAUACAGCUGGAAGACUAGUAGUUGCCGAGUUUGCACAGUUUUUUUUCGUUGGUGCAUAUGUUCCAAAUUCUGGAGCCAAGCUCGUCGCACUUGAAAAACGCGGGCGUUGGGAAUCGCUGUUAACGAAAAAGUUGAAAGAACUAGAUGCGCAGAAGCCAGUAAUUUACGGGGGCGAUUUGAAUGUGGCCCAUAAUGAGAUUGAUCUGAAAAAUCCGGACUCUAAUCGUAACAAGACCGCAGGAUUCACGGACCAAGAACGCGGAUGGUUUACUGAUUUACUGGCUUCCGGAUUCAAGGACACGUUCCGUGAAAUGCAUCCAGAAGAACAACAAUUUACAUUCUGGUCGUAUAUGAACAAUGCGAGGAGCAAAAAUGUCGGAUGGCGUCUCGAUUAUUUCGUUGUCAGUAAUCGGAUAAUGGAUAAUGUAAAACACUCGAAAGUCCUUUCGUCCGUGAUGGGAAGUGACCAUGCUCCAAUUGCGCUGAAAAUCGAUUUUUAA